CCCGAGACGGUGGUGGUGGCUGCCGCUGGCCAGUGUAAGAUGGCGGCGGCGUUGGUGGCGGCAGUGGACGGGGCGGCUGGGCCUGGAACAGUUGGAGCAUCCGCUGGCAGAAGGAUGACCCUAGAUGGGAAGCGGGCUGCCGGGCCUCGCCAGCUCCCGUGCUUGUAACUGCCCCAGCCGGACGCCCUCCCCUUGACCUACCGGUUCUUCAGCGAACCUUCAGACCAGUUUUCUCAGGAUCGUGGGCCAGACUUCGGUCGGCGAUAAAAACAGCAAGGCUGGCUACCAUAUUCAAGAUGUCCAGUAAAAGGCCCAGCACAGAUGGGAGAAGAGACUUGGCUAACGGAAGCCUGUCUAGCAGUCCAGAAGAAAUGUCUGGAGCUGAAGAAGGGAGGGAAACAUCUUCGGGGAUUGAAGUAGAGGCCUCAGACCUGAGUUUGAGCUUGACUGGGGACGAUGGUGGCCCCAACCGCACCAGCACAGAAAGUCGUGGCACAGACACAGAGAGCUCAGGUGAAGAAAAGGACUCUGACAGCAUGGAGGACACAGGCCAUUAUUCCAUCAACGAUGAAAACCGAGUUCACGGCCACUCAGAUGAAGAGGAGGAGGAGGAGCAACCUCGGCACCGAGUCCAGCGCAAACGGGCCAGCCGUGACCAGGACUCAUCAGAUGAUGAGCGAGCCCUGGAAGACUGGGUAUCUUCAGAGACAACAGCUUUACCCCGGCCUCGCUGGCAAGCCCUUCCUGCCCUUCGGGAGCGGGAAUUGGGUUCAAGUGCCCGCUUUGUGUAUGAGGCUUGUGGAGCAAGAGUCUUUGUACAGCGUUUCCGCCUGCAGCAUGGGCUUGAGGGCCAUACAGGUUGUGUCAAUACUUUGCACUUUAACCAGCGUGGCACCUGGCUGGCCAGUGGCAGUGAUGACCUGAAGGUGGUAGUGUGGGAUUGGGUGCGGCGGCAGCCCGUACUGGACUUUGAGAGUGGCCACAAAAGUAAUGUCUUCCAGGCCAAGUUCCUUCCUAACAGUGGUGACUCCACCCUGGCUAUGUGUGCCCGGGAUGGGCAGGUCCGAGUCGCAGAACUGUCUGCUACACAGUGCUGCAAGAACACCAAGCGUGUGGCCCAGCACAAGGGAGCAUCCCACAAGUUGGCCCUAGAACCAGACUCUCCCUGCACGUUCCUGUCGGCUGGUGAAGAUGCCGUUGUCUUCACCAUCGACCUAAGACAAGACCGGCCAGCUUCGAAACUGGUGGUGACAAAGGAGAAGGAGAAGAAAGUGGGGCUGUAUACAAUCUACGUGAACCCUGCCAAUACCCACCAGUUUGCAGUGGGUGGACGCGAUCAGUUUGUUAGGAUUUAUGACCAGAGGAAAAUUGAUGAGAAUGAGAACAAUGGUGUCCUGAAAAAAUUCUGUCCUCACCACUUGGUGAACAGUGAGUCCAAAGCAAACAUCACCUGUCUUGUGUACAGCCACGACGGCACAGAGCUCCUGGCCAGUUACAAUGAUGAAGACAUUUACCUUUUCAACUCUUCUCACAGUGAUGGGGCCCAGUAUAUUAAGAGAUAUAAAGGUCAUAGAAAUAAUGCUACAGUAAAAGGCGUCAAUUUCUAUGGCCCCAAGAGUGAGUUUGUGGUGAGCGGUAGUGACUGUGGUCACAUCUUCCUCUGGGAGAAGUCAUCUUGCCAGAUCAUUCAGUUCAUGGAAGGGGACAAGGGAGGUGUGGUAAACUGUCUUGAGCCCCAUCCUCACCUACCUGUUUUGGCAACCAGUGGCCUAGACCAUGAUGUGAAGAUCUGGGCACCAACAGCAGAAGCCUCCACUGAGCUAACAGGGUUAAAGGAUGUGAUCAAGAAGAACAAGCGAGAGCGGGAUGAGGACAGCUUGCAUCACACUGACCUGUUUGAUAGUCACAUGCUGUGGUUCCUUAUGCACCACCUGAGACAGAGACGCCAUCAUCGGAGCAUUCGGUUCCAGAUAGGAAAUGUGAAAAGGAAGCCUGAGGAGUAAAUGUUACCCCUUCCUCCACAUCUGCACAGCUGCCAAAGGCUGAAGGGGAGGAGCCAUGCUACUGCAGCCGCAGACACUAGAAGGUCGAUUCCUAGGCACUCACUCCAGUCAGCCAGCCUCGUCUGAAGUUGGGAACUGGAGGAAGUAAUCAACGGAAACAGGUGGGAAGGGCGUGAGCAAGGCCGCAGCUAUUGUGAUUUCAGUGCUACCUGGGCCUCAAGUCCAGAGAGCCAGCGAGUGUUUCUUUCAGUAUCUUAACUGGCUUCUUCCCCCAGCCUUUUAAUCUAGCUUUGGGUAUCUCAGCAGACACUCUUCUUUCUUCCUGUAACAAAGACGAAGUUUUUUACGGUCCCAAGGUCAGCCCGGGAGUAGGGCUCCAAAAUGUACAUCUAAAAUGAAGAACAGGUUGCCCCUGGGAAGGGAAAGGUCAUGCCCAAGAUGGAGGCAGCCAGAGAUAGCUGGCAUAGGAUUAGACAGGGCAGAGCAGGCUUCGUGGUUGUGAGCAGGGAUGGGCCCUGGGUGACUCUCCCCAGACUAGCUAGCUGUUCACAUCUUUCCCAGCUUUUCCUUUCCUCGUCUAGUUCCUCUCUCCCCAGUCGUUUUUAGUUUUUCUAUCUCAGCUACCCUUUUGGGGUGUGUGUGUCUUUUUUUUGUAAUUUUGUCUCCCACCCCCCUCCCACCUUGGAGGACCCAGCCCAGGGCCUUGGGCUUGACAGGCAGGCACUCUACCAUUGAGCUAAAUUCCCAACCCCCUUUUAUUAUUCUUUUAAUGGGCAUUCAGACCUUCCAGUUCUUCUAUUCAUUCACCCCAUUUGGGGGUAGCCAUGGAUACAUUUGAACUUCCUAUACCCAGUGUCCCCACCUAAAUACCCAGAGCUACCAUAGGGAAGGGAUGAGCCUCAGAAUGGAAAAAGAGAAAGGUUGGUUGGGAGGAACUGAAUGUGCAUGCUGGGUGGCUACGGAUCAGCUCAGCUCACGGAGAUGGCCAUCGUGACAUUGUACAUGAAGAUAUGUGUGUGAGGAACAGUGUGGCUCUGUGCCCUUCUGUAUGACAGUGUAUGUACACCUGCCGAGCACAGGUGUCACACAAGUAGCAGGCAGCCAGGGAUGCUGGCAGCUUAAGGCGUGCUGGCAGUUUCCCCUCUAGAGUGUUUAACCACAAAGGGAAGGGCAAUUAACACUAAUCGCUCCUACAGCCCGGGGGCCAGACACAUAACCUAGAGAAGCAAUGUCCAGCCCGGGGGCCAGACACAUAACCUAGAGAAGCAAUGUCCAGCCCGGGGGCCAGACACAUAACCUAGAGAAGCAAGACUCCGAUCUUCACAGGUUUCUCCUACCUCCCUGCCUUCACCCUCCCUAACUUGUGAUUCUCUUUAGCCUCCUCUCCAGCACUCUUCCUGUUCCCCUGGCCACCUCUUUCCUUUUCUCUGUGGUUCUCUCUUCUCUCACAUUCCUCUCAUUCUCAUCUCCCUCUGACUCGGGUUCCAUCCUCAGCUGACUCAUUCUUUUCACCCUCUCCCUGGCUUCUACUCCUCCUCCAUCCUUUGGCCCUAUUGAUGUCCAGAAUCUAGCCACUCCCAGGUACCGUACACUCUAAACUUUCAGUCAGCAACAAAGGUUACAAGAAGCCCCUCACCCAGGUGAGAGCACGGGCUCACCAGUCCUUGAGGUAUUGCCACUAAAACUACAAAAUCUAGGUGUGUUUGUGGACAGUGGCCCUUUCCACCCACUACUGAACAUCCAUUCCUGUUAAGACUGAUGUCUUAGAGGUGGUGCUGGUCAAGGAGACUCCACAUGGGAGGUAACAAACGGGCUGUGGUGGGUGGGUGGAUGCAUAGUGCAGGGAUGUUGUGAUUUGGUUUGUAUGAGAGGAUGUGUGUAAGUCACAUGGGUGUGUGUCACUGUGUGGUUGGCUGUCUUUUUUUUCUUAAAGGUGUGUUUGUGCCCCUGUCGGUUUUGACACGGAUUAUUUUAAAAAUUAACUAGGGUCUUUAUAUUGGCUACAUCAUGCCUACAUCAUGCCCCCCAGCUCCUUUCCUACAGGCAAGCUUCCACCAAUCCCACUUUCCUCCGACGCAGUAAGCUGGGCGUGAGAGUACCCGAACCAGUUGCCCGCCAGUUGCCAGCUGCCGGAGGAACUGAGGCAGGGCUGAGUUGAGCCUGGACGCCUGCAGAGGCGAGUCCGAAGCUAAAGCGAGGAGGGAGGGGCGGGAGCUGGCCUGGCUUGGCCGGCUGGGCGGGAAGCAGGCUACAUCCUAAUCCUCAGGCCCCAUCGGACUCCCAAACUGCUGUUCAGCACGGAAUGGGCGGAUGAAGCCACGCUGCCUGUAGCACACCCGUCUCUGGAAUCAUCGACAGAGACGGACCCCACAGGGCCUGACACCGUGGACCUGUCUGAAUUCUCAAGCUCCCCUAUUUGUCCCCUGCGUCCGGGAUCGUGACCCUCCAAACCCAGACCCCCAAACUACCUCCUCCCCACGACACGUCUCCCCUCUCCCCCUCUCACCGCCUCCGGAGCUGAGAGCUCAGGGUGCGGGCACUCCCGGAUCCCCGGUUCCUAAGCAGCGUCUGGAGCCUGCUCCUUGGCUCCGGCCACCGCUGCCGCCGAUCCUGCCGCCGCCGCCUCUUCCGCCCGUGGAG